AUCGACAUGAAUAUUGUGUUUGGGUGAAACCUAAAUUAAAUAUUUUUCUUUAGAGUUAUCCAAUAACAAGGACAUUAACUAUUCUCAGAACUAACUUUGUUUUUUCCUCUUUUGUUUUUCUAUAAAAUGAACAGUUCACGCGUAUUUUCUUUAUUCUCUUCUCCAGAUCAAAGAACUGAUGAUGAUGAAGACAGUGAUAGCUCUCAAACUGAAAGUGAGCAAAUGAAGGGAGCAGUUCACAGUCAUUUAGAGAGGAGCAUUCGUCCGUACAUCGAUCUGAUUGACACUCUGCGGUCUGUUGGCAUUCACAAGGACGUGGCAUUAGCGACUAUUGCAGUGAUCGGAGACCAAAGUUCUGGGAAAAGCUCUGUGUUGGAAGCGCUGUCUGGAGUUGCGUUACCAAGAGGAAGUGGAAUUGUCACCAGAUGUCCACUAGAGCUGAGGCUGAAGAAGGUUACAGGUAAAGUCAACUGGAAAGCUGUUCUGUCCUACCGAAAGAAGAGAAUUGAAUUUGUGCAUUCUUCAUUGGUUGAAAGACAUGUUGAAACAGCCCAGAAUGAGCUGGCAGGAAGUGGGGUAGGAAUAUGUGAUGAGCUCAUCACUUUAGAGGUCAUGUCACCAGAUGUGUGUGACCUCACACUGAUCGAUCUACCUGGAAUUGCCAGAGUCCCAGUAAAAGGACAGCCAGAGGAUAUUGGAUACCAGAUUAAAAGACUCAUAACAAAGUUUAUUGAGAAGCAAGAGACUAUAAACCUGGUGGUGGUCCCUUGUAACACUGACAUUGCAACAACAGAGGCAUUAAAAAUGGCACAAGAAGUAGAUCCUGAGGGCCGAAGAACUAUCGCUGUUUUGACCAAGCCAGAUCUCAUAGACAAGGGAACUGAGAAGAACAUUCUGGACAUUGUCCGCAACAAAGUGAUUCCUCUCCACAAAGGUUACAUCAUGGUGAAGUGUAGAGGACAACAGCAGAUCGAUGAGAACAUUCCUCUGGAGGAGGCGACAGAAAUGGAGAGAGAUUUCUUCCAAAAGCAUGACCAUUUCAGUUGCCUCUUGGAUGAGGAUAAAGCAACUAUUGAAUGUCUUGCGGUCAAACUGACACAAAAUCUUGUUGAUCAUAUCAAAAAAUCACUGCCACAGCUCAUUGAGCAGAUAAUAACACAGUUGUGGGAAGUGAAGAAUGAGCUCAAGGAGUGUGAAGCUGGACCGCCACAGGACACUAAGGGAGCCAAACAGUUCCUCAUUGAGAUCCUAACAAGAUUCAAUGAACAAAUCAACUCCUUGUCAUCAGGGGAGCUGAUUAAUCCAGAAAAUAUGUUUGUCCAGCUUCGGGCUGAAUUCAAGAAGUGGAAUGAUCAUCUUAACAGCACAAAGCCAACCUUUUGCAGUUUGAAAGAGUUUAGCCAGAAUUACAGAGGGAGGGAACUGCUCGGUUUCAGCAACUACAGUGGGUUUGAGUUGGUUCUGCGGGAGCAUGUGGCCAAACUUAAGAAGCCAGCCAUUGAAUUGCUCAUUGCAAUCAAAGCCAUCAUCCUCAAGCAAUUCAAAGAUGUGUCCUAUCGAUGUUUUCAGAACUACCAUGUACUUCGAAACAUUACUAUGAACAAAAUCUACAAUAUUCAGUCAAGUCAAGAAGACAAAACAGAGCAGAGGAUCUCAGAGCAGUUUGAAAUGGAAAACGUGGUCUACACUCAAGAUCCCAUCUACUUGAAGUUCUUGAACGAGAUUAGCGAAGAGACAUUUUCAGAAGAUCAGUUACCUGUCUUUGACAUAAAAAGCAAGUACAGUGAAAUGCUCCAGGCAUAUUAUGAGAUUGUGGUGCAGCGAAUGGCUGACCAACUGCCCAUGAUGAUCUUGUUUUUCAUGUUGAAGCAGACUGCUCAGCUUCUGUCUACUGAAAUGUUGACUUUACUGGAUGGGGCAAAUGUGAGCGAGCUCCUGUUUGAGGACUCUGAAGUUGGCACAAGACGCAGAUACCUACAGGCUCGCUUGGACCGUUUGACUGCUACCCAGGAAGCACUUAGUGAUUUUAAUUGAGGGACCUGUAACUGACUUAUCAUGUCAUGUGAUUUCUUGAUCUCCUCGUGUGUUCUUCUACUUCUUUUGAUGUCUUAUGGCAGUUGUCAAACCAGUUUAUGAUGCAUAUUCCACCACCUACUGGGAUGGUGUGUGUGGUGUUGAUAUCAAGAGUAAAUGUAAAACCUAUAUUUCAUUAUAUAACUGUAAUUUUCAGGAAAUUUCUAAGAGUUUUAUGAAUUUUAUAAGAACUGUUUAGCAAAAUCUGUAAUCUCAGAGAAUUAAUACCAGCAAAUUUUAACUCCUCUUUUAACUGGAGUCAUUUUUUUCCAGUCAAACGGCCUACUUUUUAAAUCAACACAUGCUCCACUCUUUCUGGAAGUUCAUAAUAAUUACACUGACUGGAUUCAUGUUUCCCUAUCAUCUGGAUUGAUUUAUAAAGAGUGUACAUUUUUUAAUCAAGAUAUAUCGUCCCUUCUAUAACCAUAAGCGGCUCUUAAACGACUUUUUUUAUGUUGGCUAUAUUAUACAAAUAUUGCUGUUUGUUUCCUUUAUCUCACCUCUCUUGCCACAUCUUUCAGAAAGCUACUUUAAUUAAACUUUUAAUUUACUCUUUUCAAGGGUAGGAAGCCUG